UUUUUGGCCCAACGGCCCAGCCCAUUGAGUAAAGCAACUGGUGCCCUAUAUAUACGCAAAAAGACAUGACUGCCUCUGCACACCGCCACUCGCCCACACGCGAAGGCACCUAGCAGCCGCCACUCGCCGAACUGAGGAACACGCCUGGCGACGGGAUACAGCAGCAGCGCGCCCCUCUAUCCCCGACGCGACGGCGCCCUGCAGCUGCAGAUAAACCUGUUCCAAUGGGCAAACAAAAAGAGGGUGUGGACAAAAGAACUGCUAGGAAGAUGAUCCGAUCUACGGAAGGCUGUGCAAAGAGCAUUACUUUCGAGAGGAACAACAAAUCAGACGAUGUGCAGCUUCACGAUCUGCCGAAUGACAUCCUAGGUAGCAUACUAUCACGGUUGACAUUCAGAGAAUCCUCACAGAUGGGCCUUGUUUCUCAUACCUGGCGGCGGCUGUGGAGAAGCUGUUGCCGGAAACUGGUCUUCACCAGUGCCACCAUGUUCCAACCCGGAAAUAGGAGCAUCAAACAUACAAGGACCAACUUUGCCAUGAGAGUCAACAGUUUCUUGCGUCAGCUACGCACUCAUCCUACUCUUAAUAAGUUUGUUAUUAAGUUCGGGCUGCGCAGGAAGCACACUCGCCAUGUCAACAGAUGGAUUCGCUUCUGCUCCGUGUCGCGAGCAAGACACAUCACUAUUAAUUUCACUCCUGGAGUGAAAGAUUUUUUCAUGGGUCCAGCCAACAGCAAGUACAUCUUCCCCCUGAACGUUUUCAGUGGUCCAGAAGGCUCCUCUACACAUGUCAGAACUCUUCAUCUGGGCUAUGUCUGUCUGGACACAACCUCGUCUGAUUUCAUGAUCUUUGCAAAUCUUAAGAAGCUCACUCUGCACAAAAUUUCCUUUUUGGGAGACCUCCAGUGCCUGAUGCUGCCAGAAUGCAAUUCUCUUGAGUGUCUGAGCAUCAGCUUCUGUUCCUUGCCUGGUUUAAGCACAUGCCAACCGCUGCAACGUCUGCGAUGUGUUCGUUUGCACUACUGCUAUCUAAAAAAGAUUGAGCUGGAAGCUCCAAAUCUAACAUCGUUUGACUUGACCAACCAACCAAUUCCAUUUGUGCUUGGUGGAUCUCUGAAUGUAAUGGAAGCCAACAUUAAACUGUUAGCUAAGGACUCACCUUAUGGUGAUAAUCUGGACUACAUCUACACUGAGCUUCCUGCUGCGCUGUCUCAUGUGCAUAAACUCUCGAUAACCUCGGGUCUCUUCGUUUAUGAUCAGCUGCAAGGGUUUUCCAAAACCUCAGCCAGAUUCAUCAAUCUGAGGCAUCUGACCAUGUAUUUGCCUCUUUAUGGGGAACCUAAGUCAAUUAGUGGGAUUCUUCGCUUGGCCUACCUACUGGAAUUGGCCCCAGCUCUAGAAGAAUUGGAAUUGCAUGUGAAUGGCGGUGGCGUGGAUGUUGGGUGGGCACUCAGACGGAAUAUGUUACCGUACUCACACAAUAGGCUCAAGAGGGUCCUUAUUUCAGGAGCCACUGUAUGGGAGGGGCUAAUGGAGCUGGCAUACUACAUUCUUCGGAGUGCCAAUAGACUCGAAAGUAUGGUCUUAGAUCCAAAGAUAAGGAUUGGGGGUCCUCAGCUGGAUGGUUGGAUGAUUGAUAUUGGUAGGGAGACGAUCAAAAAUAUUUUUGAGGGAGAGGAGUUUCAGAGCAUUAUUACUAUUCUGUAAGAAUGGUAAGAUAGGCCACAGGAUUUUGGUGGUCACACCAAGUGGCCAUGUUUGAUUAUGCCAUAGGUUUGACCAGUAUGGUCAUAAAUGUUUGUUGUUUUCAUUUCCGACCUCAGGAAAUGUAAAUUAAUACUCCCUCCAUCCAUUUUUAAUUCGCGUAUACUUCUCGGCA